GGUUUGGAGCUCCGGAAGAGCUGAGGGACUCGUGUCGUUGCCUAGGGCCCUCCAAAGCUGAAGGUCAAACAAAUUCACCCUUUCCUGUUUCCGUGGGCGUCCCUCAACUGAGCGAGAGGAAGGUCCAGAACCUGGAACCCAGAGCUUCCUUUCUCUGUGCCCCACAGCAGUUUUGCGCUGUAGCUGUUUUUAUUUCCCCUAUUCGACAGGGGAGGAAAUCUGAGGCUGAGGGAGUGAAGUGACCUGCUGGACGUCAUAAGGCAGAGGACAUGGCGGAACCUGGACUAGAGCCUAAGCCUUCUAACUGCCGGCCUGAACUUGCCUCCUGUCUUGGGGGUGACGGAGUGGGUCACGGUCCCAGGGGCACGGCCACUGCCCAGCUACAAACGCGGCAUCUCCAGCAGGCACCGCCAGAGCUUCCUCUCCACCGACCGCCAAAAAAGAAGACUCUUUGGGGAAAGAGGCGGCCGCGAGACUAGGGGGGGGGGGGGGGGGGGGGGAGCAGGAAUCUAGGCCCCGCCCUCCUCGGGCCUUCCGGCUCCUGCGCUCUGAUUGGCCGGUGUCUGCAGCGAGCGUCGCGAUUGGCUCCCUUGCGGCCGUUGAGAUUUGAACUGCACUUUUGUGGCUUUGCCCGCGCGGCGCCCGGCUCGGAGGCGGGGUUUUGCCUCCGCCUGGCGGGUAUUGGUCGGUCUCUCUACCCACGGGAGUGCCGCGUCGCAGAUUGGUGCGUCUUGUGCCCUCCUUGGUUUUUCCUUCGUUUCAGCCCUACGUCCCGAGUUGGAGGAACGGCUGGCGAAGUGCUCUUGUAAGCCCUGUGAGCCACUGGGGGAAAGAUGUCUCCCCAACUGUAUGAGUUCCAUCUGCCCUUAUCCCCAGAGGAGUUGUUGAAAAGUGGAGGGGUGAAUCAGUAUGUCGUGCAAGAGGUACUGUCCAUCAGACAUCUUCCAUCGCACCUUAAAGCAUUUCAGGCUGCCUUUCGAGCUCAGGGGCCCCUGGCUAUGCUGGAGCAUUUUGAUACCAUCUACAGCAUUCUGCAUCACUUUCGAAGUAUAGACCCUGGCCUCAAGGAAGAUACUCUGGAAUUCCUGAUAAAAGUGGUAUCUCGCCACACCCAGGAACUUCCCGCCAUCUUGGAUGAUGCAACUUUGAGUGGGUCCGAUAGAAGCGCACACCUAAAUGCCCUCAAGAUGAACUGCUAUGCUCUGAUAUGCCUCUUGGAAUCCUUUGAGACCAUGGCCAGCCAGAAAAGCCUCAUGGACCUGGCCCUUGGUGGGAAGGGUAGGAAAGCCCGGGCCAAGGCAACCCAUGGCUUUGACUGGGAAGAAGAGAGGCAACCGAUUCUUCAGCUUUUAACACAGCUGCUCCAGUUGGACAUCCGUCACCUGUGGAGUCACUCAGUAAUCGAAGAGGAGUUUGUCAGUUUGGUUACUGGCUGCUGCUACCGCCUCCUGGAGAACCCCACCAUUAGUCACCAGAAGAACCGCUCCACCCGGGAAGCCAUAACACACCUGCUUGGUGUCGCCUUGACACGUUAUAACCAUAUGCUGAGUGCCACUGUGAAGAUCAUCCAGAUGCUGCAGCACUUUGAACACCUGGCAUCUGUACUGGUGGCGGCUGUGAGUCUGUGGGCAACUGAUUAUGGGAUGAAGAGCAUAGUAGGAGAGAUUGUAAGAGAGAUUGGACAGAAGUGUCCCCAGGAGUUGAGUCGGGACCCUUCAGGGGCCAAGGGCUUUGCCGCCUUCCUGACAGAACUAGCGGAGCGUGUCCCGGCCACCCUGAUGUCCAGUGUGUGCAUUCUACUAGAUCAUCUGGAUGGAGAGAAUUACAUGAUGCGCAAUGCCGUGCUGGCGGCCAUGGCGGAGAUGGUGCUGCAGGUUCUGAAUGGAGAUCAGCUGGAGGCGGCAGCCCGAGACACCCGAGACCAGUUCUUGGACACCUUGCAGGCCCACGGCCACGACGUCAGCUCCUUUGUGCGGAGCCGUGUUUUGCAACUCUUUACCCGAAUCGUCCAGCAGAAGGCUCUGCCCCUGACACGUUUCCAGGCAGUGGUGGCCUUAGCAGUGGGGCGUCUGGCAGACAAGUCGGUGCUGGUUUGUAAAAAUGCCAUCCAGCUCCUUGCCAGUUUUCUUGCCAAUAAUCCCUUUUCCUGCAAGCUUAGUGAUACUGACCUUGCUGGACCGCUGCAGAAGGAAACCCAGAAAUUACAAGAGAUGAGGGCCCAGAGGCGAGCUGCAGCUGCUUCCGCAGUGCUGGACCCAGGGGAGGAGUGGGAAGCCAUGCUGCCAGAGUUGAAGGCUACCCUGCAGCAGCUGCUGAAGCUUCCCCAGGAAGGAGAGGGGAUGCCCGAGGAGGUUGCCGAAACAGAGACAGCGGAAGAGGUGGAAGGACGCAUCCGUCGAUUGCUAGCCAAAGCUAGUUACAAGCAGGCCAUCAUUCUCACUCAAGAAGCCAUAGGCCACUUCCAGGAAUCUGAACCCUUCUGUCAUAUGGAUCCAGAGGAGUCAGAGAAGACUGCGUUCUUGAAUCUCUUAGGAACUAUCUUCAAAGGCCCAGCAGCUCCCACACAGGAGAAGAAUCCCCAGGGGGCUGCGGGGAACUUGGGCCCAGGAGAGACUGGCUGCAAAGACAAGCCCAGUGUGUCAGAGCCUGAGAAAUGCAGGGAAAACGAUGAGCUGGUGAAGCAGGAGAUGCUGGUGCAGUAUCUGCAGGAUGCCUACAGCUUCUCUCUGAAGAUCACAGAGGCCAUUGGCAUCAUAAGCAAGAUGAUGUAUGAACACACAACUACAGUGGUACAGGAGGUGAUUGAAUUCUUUGUGAUGGUAUUCCAAUUUGGGGUACCCCAGGCCCUGUUCGGGGUGCGCCGCAUGCUGCCUCUCAUCUGGUCGAAGGAGCCUGGUGUCCGGGAAGCUGUGCUGAACGCCUACCGCCAACUUUACCUCAAACCUAAGGGGGACUCUGCCAGAGCCAAGGCCCAGACUUUGAUUCACAAUCUCUCUUUGCUGCUAGUGGAUGCCUCAGUUGGGACCAUUCAGUGUCUUGAGGAAAUUCUCUGUGAGUUUGUGCAGAAGGAUGAAUUGAAACCAGCAGUGACCCAAGUGCUGUGGGAGCGGGCAACGAAGAAGGUGCCCUGCUCUGCUCUGGAGCGCUGUUCUUCUGUCAUGCUUCUCGGGAUGAUGGCACGAGGAAAACCAGAAAUUGUAGGAAGCAACUUAGACACACUGGUGAGCAUAGGGCUGGAUGAGAAGCUUCCACAGGACUACAGGUUGGCCCAACAGGUGUGCCGUGCCAUUGCCAACAUCUCUGACAGGAGGAAGCCUUCUCUGGGCAAACGUCACCCUCCCUUCCGGCUGCCUCAGGAACACUGCUUGUUUGAGCGACUACAGGAGACGGUCACGAAAGUGGCAACUUCUCCCUUCUGCUGCGCAGGCGUUGUCUGCCCAGACCCACUCUGGAUCCCAUUCAAGGAGGCGGCAGUGACCCUCAUUUACCAGCUGGCAGAGGGCCCCGAGGUGAUCUGUGCCCGGAUGCUGCAGGGCUGUGCAAAGCAGGCCCUGGAGAAGCUGGGAGAGAAAAGCACCCCCCAGGAGGCCACGAAGGACACGCCUGUGCUCCCCACUUUCCUGUUGAUGAACCUGCUGUCCCUGGCCGGGGAUGUGGCUCUGCAGCAGCUGGUGCAUCUGGAGCAGGCAGUGAGUGGAGAGCUCUGUCGGCGCCGAGUUCUUCGGGAAGAACAGGAGCAUAAGACGAAAGAGCCAAAGGAGAAGAAUCCAAGCUCUGAGGCCACCAUGGAGGAGGAGAUGGGGCUGGUUGGGGCUACAGCUGAUGACACCGAGGCAGAACUCAUCCGCGGCAUCUGUGAGCUGGAGCUGCUAGAUGGCAAACAGACACUGGCUGCCUUUGUUCCACUUCUGCUUAAAGUCUGCAACAACCCUGGUCUCUAUAGCAACCCAGAGCUCUCUGCAGCUGCUUCACUUGCCCUCGGCAAGUUCUGCAUGAUCAGUGCCACUUUCUGUGACUCCCAGCUUCGUCUUCUGUUCACCAUGCUAGAAAAGUCUUCGCUCCCCAUCGUUCGAUCUAACCUCAUGAUUGCUACUGGGGAUCUGGCCAUCCGCUUCCCCAACCUGGUGGACCCCUGGACACCUCAUCUGUAUGCUCGCCUCCGGGACCCCGCUCAGCAAGUGCGGAAAACAGCCGGGCUGGUGAUGACCCACCUGAUCCUGAAGGACAUGGUGAAGGUGAAGGGGCAGGUGAGCGAGAUGGCCGUGCUGCUCAUCGACCCUGCCCCUCAGAUCGCUGCCCUGGCCAAGAACUUCUUCAACGAGCUCUCCCACAAGGGCAAUGCGAUCUAUAACCUCCUUCCAGAUAUCAUCAGCCGCCUGUCAGCCCCUGAGGGAGGAGUGGAGGAGGAGCCUUUCCACACCAUCAUGAAGCAGCUCCUUUGCUACAUCACCAAGGACAAGCAGACCGAGAGCCUGGUGGAGAAGCUGUGUCAGCGGUUCCGCACGGCCCAGACCGAGCGCCAGUACCGGGACCUGGCCUACUGCGUGUCACAGCUGCCCCUCACAGAGCGGGGUCUCCGCAAGAUGCUGGAAAACUUUGACUGCUUUGGAGAUAAACUGUCAGACGAGUCCAUCUUCAGCGCCUUUUUGUCCGCUGUGGGCAAGUUGCGGCGUGGAGCCAAGCCCGAGGGCAAGGCUGUAAUAGAUGAAUUCGAGCAGAAGCUUCGGGCCUGUCACACCAGAGGUUUGGAUGCAAUAGAGGAACUUGAGAUUGGCCAAGCGGGUAGCCAGAGAGCCCCAUCAGCCAGGAAACAGCCUGCUGUCUCUAGACACCGGCGUCUGGCUUCUGCAGCGUCACACAGUGACUUUGUCACACCUGAGCCCCGCCGUACUACCCGAUGGCAUCCAGACACCCAGCGGCAAGUUUCAAGAAAGAAACUCAGAAUCGUCUUCUCAAGUGAUGAGUCCAGCGAGGAAGAACCAUUAGCAGAGAUGACAGAAGAUGAGACACCCAAGAAAACCACCCCCAUCCGCCGCCGAGCAUCUGCUCACAGGCACAGGUCCUAGGGGCAGCCUUGCCUGUUCCCAACCCUGCUGUGCUGGUGUCUUGUGGAGUGACCUUGAAUUCUGUUCCCCUUGUAAAAUACUUGUUUGCCUGUCUCCUUGUUUUUUUAAUGCAUAAAUGGUCUUUGUAACAGAUGGCUUUGCUCUUAAACUAGCCUAACUGAACUGAGUUGAGCUGCUUUCCUUGGAAUAUACAUUUGCCAGUUUCCUAGUUUUCCAAUGAAUAAACAUUUUUAUAUACUUUUA